AUGAUCAAGAUAUCUACCCUCCUGGCCUGCUCGGCCUCCCUGCUGGCCUCCUUGGCUGCUGCUCUUCCUGCUGCUGGAGAGUCUGCCUCCCUCGAGGAGAGUCAAUCCGCCUCGUCCUGGUUCCUGCCCAACCUCGAUCAUACCUCGGGUCCGGUCCGAGGCUACGUGCCCAACCUGCCGACCUACGACUAUCCUGUCUACAAGGCUGUCAAGUCUGGCGACUCUCAGGGUCUCGCCAAUGCCAUUACUGCCGACGGCCCCAGCGGUAACCGCAACAACUGCUGGCUCGCGGGCCAGCCUCGUGUCAUCUACCUCGCUCCGGGCACAUACACGCUCUCGUCUACUCUCUACAUGUACACCGACACCGUCAUCAUCGGCGACGCCUCCAACCCGCCCGUCAUCAAGGCCGCCUCUGGCUUCAACGGCGACUACCUCAUCGUCGGCGGCCAGGGCGAUGGCCCUGACCGUCCCUGCGGUGGUUUCGGCGGAGAGACGCACUUCUCCAUCAUGAUCAAGAACGUCGUCCUCGACACCACGUCCAACGCCGGCAAGAACAGCUUCACCGCGCUCAGCUGGGCCGUCGCACAGAACUGCGCCCUGGUCAACGUCAAGAUCAACAUGCCCCAGGGCGUCCACACGGGCAUGAUCAUGGGCCCCGGGUCGACCAUCUCCGCCUCGGACGUCUCCUUCACCUACGGCAACGUCGGCCUGCACUGGUCCGGCCACCAGCAGGGCCAGCUCAAGGGCAUGCGCUUCGACAAGUGCACCACGGGCAUCCUGAUCGACGGUGGCAACACCAUCAGCGUCCUCGCCCCGUCCUGCAGCACCGUCGGCAACUGUAUCGUCCUCAACUCGGGCAACCCCUGGGUCGCCGUCAUCGACGGCCAGAACACCAACUCGGGCGACUUCUUCACCAGCAGGGUCCAGUACCCCAACUUCAUGCUCGAGAACAUCUCCAACGACAACGGCAACAUCAACCUCGUCACCGUCAGCGGUACCGUCAAGGUCGGCGGCAAGAGCAGUCUCGGCACCUACAUCUACGGAAACACCCGCGGCGCCAACCCCAUCUACCAGAGCAACCCGACGGAGAGGGCGCCCAAUAGGCCCGCCGCGCUGGCCCCCCGCGGCAGGUACCCGUCCCUCAGCGCGCCCCAGUACGCCGACAAGAAGAUCUCCGACGUCGUCAACCUCAAGGACGUCAACCAGAACGGCGGCUUCAACCUACACGGCGACGGCAGCGUCGACGACACCAAGGCCCUGCAGGGCGCCCUCGACACGGCCGCCAGCAAUGGCAAGAUCGCCUACCUCCCCUUUGGCAUCUACAAGGUGACAUCGACCAUCACCAUCCCGCCCGGCACCGAGCUGUACGGCGAGGCCUGGUCGACCAUCUCCGGCUCCGGGAGCGCCUUCGCCUCCGAGUCCAACCCGACCCCCGUCGUGCAGAUCGGCAGCACGCCCGGCCAGCGCGGCACCGCCCGCGUGCAGGACGUCCGCCUCACCGUCCACGAGGCCCUCGCCGGCGCCAUCCUCCUGCGCGUCAACAUGGCCGGCAACAGCCCCGGCGACGUCGCCAUCUUCAACUCCCUCAACACCAUCGGCGGCACCCGCGACACCAACGUCGACUGCAGCAGCGAGGCCAACUGCAAGGCCGCCUACCUCGGGCUGCACCUGGCGGCCGGCUCGUCCGCCUACGUCGACAACUUCUGGUCGUGGGUCGCCGACCACGCCGUCGACGACAGCGGCAAGGGCACCCGCGCGGCCGUCAAGGGCGGCGUGCUCGUCGAGUCCGCCGCCGGCACCUGGCUCGCCGGCCUCGGCUCCGAGCACAACUGGCUCUACCAGGUCUCCUACCGCGACGCCGCCAACGUCCUCGUCGGCAUGCUCCAGAGCGAGACCAGCUACAACCAGGCCACCCACGGCGCCCCCGUCAACCCGCAGCCCUACUCGACCCUCGCCGCCUCCGACCCGGACUUUUCCUGGUGCGGAGGGGGGGACGGCACCUGCCGCAUGAGCCUCGGCCAGUUCUACUCGGGCAAGAACACGGCGGUGCACCACUACGCGGCGGGAAGCUGGAACUUCAAGUCGCUGACGGGCGUCGACCAGGGCAUCAUGAACGUCAUCCGCGACGCGGUCGGCGACGCCCACCUGCACGGCUUCUGCGCGGGGCCCAACGUCAAGGAGAUUAUGCGCCUGCCCAACGGCAGCCAGUUCGGCAACGGAGGGAACGAUGGGUACGGCGGUUCUUGGGAGACCUUGGUCGCCGACAUUGCCAGCCAGUCCUGA